AAGCUAAAUAAGAAGAAAGCCAAGAAGGGACAGUUCUGGAAAAACAAGGCGCAAGAAGCCCGCCAGAAACCGGAGAGCGGCUCCAGCCUGGUGGUGCGACCACCAAAGACCCCCGAAGACUUUUCCCAAAAUUGGAGGGCGCUGCAAGAGUGGCUGCUGAAACAAAAACCACAGACCCCAGAAAAGCCUCUUGCUAGCUCCCCCAUGGGUUCCAAAAGGCAGCCCCAAAGGACCCAGCGAAACAGAAGAACGGUGUCGGGCCCGGCGGAGGGAGCCGAGGCGAAGCGGCCGGGGCCAGCGGGGAGCUCAGGCCAGGAGGCUGGUGGGGGCUCCGAGCCUGCAGGGUCCCUGACAGUGAGGACAGGGCCGCUACCUCUCGCUGAGACCCCGGGAGCAGAGCCCAAUGAGAAAAGCACCUCGAAAAGGACGCGUGGCGUCGUGUCCCCACCGAGGUUGGACAGCAAGCCUAAGAAGCGGAAAGUGGAGGCAGCGGCUCCGGCCCCUCCCACCGAGGCUGACAUCUGGUUUGAUGACGUGGAUCCAGAGGACAUGGAGGCUGCCGUAGGCCCCGAGGCUGCCGACAUAGUGAGGAAGAGGCUGGGUCUGCAGCGAAGCAGCCUCACGCUGGUGAAGGAGCAGGGCUUCAGCGGCCUGACCAGAGCCCUGGCGCUGGACUGUGAGAUGGUGGGCGUGGGCCCCAAGGGGGAGGAGAGCGUGGCCGCGCGGGUGUCCAUCGUGAACCAGCACGGGAAGUGUGUGUAUGACAAGUACAUCCGGCCGACAGAGCGCGUCACCGACUACAGGACGGCGGUCAGCGGGAUCCGGCCAGAGAACCUGAAGCAGGGAGAAGAGCUUGCCGUCGUCCAGAAGGAGGUGGCUGCGAUGCUGAAGGGCAGGAUUCUGGUUGGACACGCUCUGCACAACGACCUGAAGGUCCUAUUCCUUGAUCACCCAAAAAAGAAGAUCCGGGACACACAGAAGUACAAGCCCUUCAAGCGCCAAGUCAAGAGUGGCCGGCCAGCCCUGAAACUGCUCUCCGAGAGGAUCCUGGGCCUCAAAGUUCAGCAGUCAGAACACUGCUCGAUUCAAGAUGCACAGGCAGCAAUGAGACUGUACAUCAUGGUGAGGAAGGAAUGGGAAAGCAGUAAAGGCAAAUGCACGACCACCGCUGCGCCUGACAGCCACCACGCCUGA